UUCUCAUCACGCUGUACAGUGUUGUUUUGAUGACGUGACAAUCCAUAACACUUGGAUAUCCUUGAAUGAAAUAUGGUUCCACAAAACCGCCAUGGAUCCAAAUCAAAAUGACCAGAAACUUCCCGCCUUAACGGAACCUUACCACCGUUAGAGCAACUGGCUCUACAAUAUGCCCAGGUCCUGCUGAAAAAUCCUAAUCCGUGGAGAUCCCACACUUGAUCAUUGACGACUCUACCUGAGAGUUGCUGCCUGGUUCGGUCAGUUUGUACUCAUCACAAUACUCACUCAACCAAUCACUGAAACCACCACAACACAUCAAUCCAUGAAAAAUCGCCGGCUCUCUCUGGAAUCCAUUCAUUCCACAAUAUUGACCUCAGCCGAACCUAUAAAAACAAUGGGUGGGAGUGUCCGGAUUAACCGUUGGGGUUUAUUAUUGGUCGGGGCGGUGGCGUUUUUGGUGUUUUACACCUUUCGAGGUGGCAAAUCCGUGGACAAGCCCAUUCCAUCUAGUACGGCUCCGGUUAGUCUCAAAGAGUUGCUAUCCGUAGCCAUUGAGGCAGCUCAUCGUGGAGGGGUUGAAGUGAAGAGAAUCAGAGAGCAAGUCGAUGACAUUGGUGAGAAAUCUAAAGGUAAAACCAAAGAAGGUGCCAAUAACCCCGUGACUGACGGCGAUAUGCUCUCACACAAGGCCAUGUACAACAGUCUUCGGAAGGCUUUCCCCCACGUCCACGUCAUAUCCGAAGAAGAUGAUCCGGAACAAGUGGAUUUAAAUCUGAUCAAGAUGCCCCAUCUUACCAAUGAUGAAAUCAAUGAGAUUGUGAAAGACGAUGUGCUCGUGCCCGCCAAUGACAUUGAUGUCUGGAUUGAUCCACUGGACGCCACUCAGGAGUACACUGAAAAUCUUCGCCAUUUUGUAACCACCAUGGUAUGUGUGGCUGUAAAAGGCAAGCCCAUUUUGGGCGUCAUUCACAAACCUUUCGAUGGGGUCACUGCCUGGGGCUGGGCAGGCCCCAACCAUGUCAGUCAAAGUAUCGCCGAAGAUGUCAAAAGGAGCCAGACUCAGUCUGACACAGACCUCAGUCAAUCCCGGAUCAUAGUGUCCAGAUCUCACGCGGGAUCCGUUCAUGACGUGGCCAAAAACGCUUUUGGCGCCAAAGCUGUUGUUACGCCAGCUGGUGGAGCCGGUUAUAAAGCUUGGGAGGUGGUUAAGGGUAACCAGGAUGUGUAUGUUCACGUGACGCUCAUAAAGAAAUGGGAUAUUUGUGCGGGUGACGCGAUCCUGAAUGCCCUGGGAGGACAACUUACGACGUUAACGGGUGAAAAAGUGGACUAUUCUGGUCGACCGGCGCAUGAGAAAAAUGAAGGUGGGGUCGUGGCCACCUUGCAUGAUCACGCAGCUUAUGUGGAUGCCCUAGAACAUGUUGAAGUUGUACAGGGAUCCAAACCUAAAUAGAUAUAUGUCUAAGGUUUGAUUAUUUUAUUGUUGUGAAGAACCUGUAUUGUGGCUUGUUUUCUCUUGUCGAGAGCGUUGAAUAUCACACGUUUCCAAAUGGUUGGGGUGAAUGAAUUAAUGUGUCAAAGUGAAUUAAUGUGAGACUGCAUGGUUUUAGAAUGUAUUUUUAGAGAUAAUGAACAUUGUUUUAUCACAUUGGA